AUGCCUCGGAUUGCAAAACCACCGGCAAAAGCUGCUUGUCUGGCAUGUCGAACAUCGAAAACACGUUGUGACGGCCAAAAUCCCUGUGGCAGUUGCUCGAGUAGAAGUAGAGAAUGCAAGUAUCAACCCAGUCGCCGCGGUGGUCCUCGCAGGGGAGCACGGUAUGAAGAGGCCCAACGUCGAACUGCGCCAGGCAAUUCACUGCUGCCGUCGUCCUCAAUAUCAAAUGUCGAUGAUGAAUUCGAACCAUUCCUUGAUAACAUGAUCGGCCUAGUUUCACCAUUCGCCGGGAUCCACAACCUCGAUCUGUCCCCGGAUUCUCUAUCUAUAGCGGAUGGAGCCAACCAGAUCUGGGGUCAGCUCACACCACAUGCUGAUAGUGCUUCUGGAUCUGUUCCUUUAGCUCGCGCCGGAUCGUCCCAAGUACGCGCGUAUCAGUCCGAAGCGGAAAUGUCUGUUCAAAAGCCACACGAUUAA